UCCUCUCGAAGUCUUCGCCUCUCUUUCUUAAGUCUUUUCUUCUCUCCUUUUUAAGUCUUUCGUCUUUUUUUUUAGUCUCGGCUAAACAGCGACCUUUCGCUUCGUGCGUUACCGCUCCUGGGCUACACAGAAAUGCCUCACUGCCUUCUCCUCAUCUGCGUGCUCAGCGUGAUUUUUAGUUUUUUUUUUACGUAUAACUUCUUCCUUGUUCCUUUCUUAAAAAAACCUAACGCAACGCAGACUACAAAAUAUUUAAGAAGGCCUCUUAGAAAGAUCUGCUUGUUACUCAGUAAAGGCACCGUUUGCCGAGUAAGCGGAGGAUGUGCAUAUGGAUGCGGGUGGGCAUUUGGAAAGAGACUACUUUGCUGAAUAAAGCAGCACAAGAUGACUUGCAAGUCCUUAUUCUUUCCAUGGGAGCCUACCUGGACUGUCACUUUUGAAUGGAGAUGGGGCGGAGCAGAACUACACAUAUUACUGAAGAUGCAAGCUGCCAUGGAUGUGUUUUGUAGCAGUGCUUGCAGAACGCUGCAGCUACUUCCACUCUUCAGUGUUCCUGGCUAGUGGAGUUGAAAGCCUUUGUGGAACUUUGGAUAAGAUUUUCAUGUUCAUUGAUGGAAAUACUGACAUGAAUGUAGGAGCUUUGAUGCUUUCGGACAUUGAAUUUUGAUUUGGUAAAUGACCACAAAUAAAAUACUGCCCAAACAAGCUGAAAUGACUUGAAGACCUUUGGUUCUGCAUUCAUUCCUUCUGAAGCAAUGGUUUUCUCAGCAAUGUUGACACUAGCCCAUUCUGGGACCUCAAAUGCUACUUUUAUUGUUUAUGAAAAUGCCUAUAUGAAUUUUACCACUCCCCAGUUUUUGCUUCAUAGUGGCACAACACAGCCAUUGAGAUACAGUUCAGGUGCUGUGCUCACCACUGACAGAAGUACUUUCCUGGUAAACACUACAGCUAUCCUGCCACCACAAGAAGUUUUCAGGAGCUUGAGUGUGCCACUCCAGAUCAUUCUUUCUGCUGCUAUGAUAUUUAUCCUAUUGGUUUCUUUCCUUGGAAACUUUGUUGUCUGCCUCAUGGUCUACCAGAAGGCUGCUAUGCGAUCUGCAAUUAACAUUCUCUUAGCAAGCCUUGCUUUUGCAGACAUGCUGCUGGCAGUGCUGAACAUGCCUUUUGCUCUGAUAACAAUCAUUACCACUCAGUGGAUUUUCGGGGAUAUAUUCUGCAGAGUCUCUGCCAUGUUUUUCUGGCUUUUUGUCAUAGAAGGGGUAGCAAUUCUUCUCAUUAUUAGCAUUGACCGAUUUCUAAUCAUAGUUCAGAGGCAAGAUAAACUGAACCCAUACCGUGCAAAAUUUCUCAUUGUGAUUUCAUGGGCAGCGUCCUUUGUUGUUGCUUUCCCCCUAUCAGUAGGAAAUCCUAAUCUGCAGAUACCCUCGAGAGCACCUCAGUGUGUUUUUGGCUACUCUACAGACCCAGGCUACCGGGCCUAUGUGAUACUUAUCUUGCUAAUUUCUUUUUUUAUUCCGUUCCUGGUAAUGCUGUAUUCUUUUAUGGGCAUACUCAACACCGUCCGCCACAAUGCAGUUCGUAUCCAUAGCCACCCUGAUAGCAUAUGCCUCAGCCAGGCCAGCAAACUUGGUCUCAUGAGCUUACAGAGACCUUUUCAGAUGAAUAUUGAUAUGAGCUUUAAAACUCGUGCCUUCACAACCAUCUUGAUUUUAUUCCUUGUCUUCAUAGUCUGUUGGGCGCCCUUCACCACUUACAGCCUUAUUGCCACAUUCAACAGCCACUUCUACUACAAGCACAACUUUUUUGAGAUAAGCACUUGGCUCCUUUGGCUCUGCUACCUCAAGUCUGCACUGAACCCACUGAUUUACUACUGGAGGAUUAAGAAGUUUCAUGAUGCAUGCUUAGACUUAAUGCCCAAAUAUUUCAAGUUUUUGCCACAGCUACCCGGCCAUACAAGGCGACGCAUUCGACCCAGUGCCAUCUAUGUGUGUGGGGAGCAUCGGUCAGUAGUGUAAAGCUGCAACUGCUUGACAUGAAGAUUAUUUUCUGUGAUUAUUUGUUUUUAAGAUUUGAUUAUUUUUUUUAUUUGUUUGUUUUCUUUAAUAUGGCUUCUUGAGUGAGGCCAUUCAACUUGAUUAAAUUUUCCAAUGUUCUGUGCAAUUUUGGGAGGAGAGAGACAGAGGGGAAGUGAUUGAUUAUAGUUGAUUUUACUACCAGAAUACAAUGUAAACAAAAUAACAGAUGUUACCUCUAGGAUUCCAUGGAAAUCCAUUCUUUUAAACAAAAACUACAUUUAUAACACUCUGUCAGGUUUAUGCUUACUAGGCCUGCAAUUGCAUCUAAUUGUAGGGUUUUUUAUGCUGCUAAGAUACAGUAUAUUUAGUUGAUGUAAUUUUUCUGAAAAACGUUGCUGCUGUUUGCCAAUAUA